ACCGUGUGAAGUCUGCACUUUGUUACCCCUCAGUUAGGUUGGAGUACCAGUUGACGGGUACCUCGUGUUCGGGUUGAAAGAUCUUCGAUGCGGGUGCACCACCCAAUAGAGACGACGGGUGAAUUCAAUGCAAAAAGUCGUUUCAAAAUUUUCACAUACGAGUGCAAGUCGAAAGCGGAAGUCUUGUAUUGAGAGUGAGUGAGAGAGCACAUAUAAAUGACUUGCCUACUAAAUCAUGUGGUGCUGCUGGUGGUGCAGCUGGUACUGGUGGUGCUAGCCCAAGAGCCGCGCAAUGAGGAUCCGGUGGUGAGCACAACCUUGGGACGCAUUCAAGGCACACGAAUGGACAGUUUCAGUGGUAAGACGAUCUAUGCUUUUCGUGGAAUACCCUACGCUGAACCACCGAUCCGUGAUCUACGCUUCGAGCCACCUAAACCCAUUCAUUCCUGGGCCGAUACUGUCCUCAUGGCCACCUCAGAUUCCCUGGUGUGUCCACAGACUGGGAUUACUCUGCUGAUGAGCGAGGAUUGUCUGAAGUUGAAUGUUUUCACCAAGAAUUUAACUGGAAAGCAGCCGGUUAUAGUUUACAUACACGGUGGUGCCAAUGUGCUGGGAAGUGGUCACAGCAGCUACGAGGCGGGUCCACAGUAUCUUCUAGAACACGAUGUGGUGCUGGUGGCCUUCAAUUAUCGCCUAGGCGCCUUGGGUUUCCUUACCGGCGGCAACUAUGGCUAUCUGGAUCAGAUAAUGGCCCUGGAGUGGGUUCAAGCACACAUUGCCAAUUUUGGUGGAGAUCCCGACCUGGUCACCAUUAUGGGCAUGAGUGCCGGCUCCAUGGCUGUCAGUCUCCACUUGGUUUCCCCUCUCUCAAAGGGUUUAUUCCAUCGCGCCAUACUGAUGAGUGGCUCGGCAACAAAUCAUUACAGUAUACACAAUGAGUUCUGGACACGUUUGUUGGCCCGCCAGGUGGCAUGCCCCAUGUACAAUGCCUUCGACAUGACCGAGUGUCUCCGCAAUGUCACCUGGAAACGCAUCAUCGAGGUCUGCAGUCAAUGGGAGCAGUACAAAUUUGUCAAUAUGAAGUGGAACUAUGAGACCGAUAAUUACUUUCUACCCAUGCCUCCAAGUGUCCUCAUCAACAAGGGAGAGUUCAACAAGGUGCCCUUGUUGGUCAGCUUUACCGCCAACGAACUGGACUACACAACGUUGGCCCAAAUGGACAAUGAUCUCCUGCUGCACGACAUCUAUGAAAACUUUGAUGAGUACGCUCCCGAGUUCUUCCUUUUCGACUAUAAUCCUUUGAAGAGCAGACGCAUUAAAGAGUUUUAUUUUGGUCAAAAACAGGAGCUAAGUGCGGAUAAUAUAGAGAAAUUUGGAAACAUUUUCUCCGAUAGCAUCAUAGGACAUGGUGUCCAUCGUCUAGUUGACUUGGCAAGAAAACACACCAAGGUUUAUUAUUCCAGAAUGGACUAUGUGGGUCAGAGGAGUCUCUCGGCUCCCUUGAAGGAGGAUAAAUCCCCAGUGGGAGUUGGGCAUGCGGAUGAUCUGCAGUAUGUUAUGUCCGGCUUGUGGUAUGGCACACUUCUGGACAAGAAUCAUAAGGAUGUCUUUAUGAUGGAACGCCUCACCGAGUGGUAUACACAUUUCGCAAAGAAUGGUUACCCCAUGCCGGACGAAAAAAGUUGGACACCCUGUAAUUCGACGAGCAUAAAAAUGCUCUACAACGACAGGACUAUCAAAAUGGGUCCUCCGGCUUAUGUCAGUCGGUAUGCCGUGUGGGAUCAAUUGUUUCCCAAGCCAACUGGCAAAGGAACUGCCAUUGUUGCCUCAAGGUAUCUACUCGUUUUGGCCUUGGCUCUGGCCAUGUUCAGCCGUGGAUUAUUGUAGCUAUUAGGUGUGGAAAAAGCUUAUCAAUAGGCCGUUUAGAUUACGCUAAUGACGACGCUGCUCUCUCGACCGACUGCUGCAACUAUUUACUUUGAUUAAUUAAUCAACAAAGGCGUGAGAUUUUUCCUCUCUAUCUCUGUCUCUUUCUGUGUGUGUUGACCAACGCCUUGGGGCAAUUAGUCUUUUUGGGGGCAGCUUAAAUAUACAUUAAUUUGUCUUUAAAUGUUUCCAACUCCAGCGGAGACCCUUUUUCCCCCUCUUCACAACUCGUAAUUGUUGCGAUAAAUUGUUGUAAUUGCCAGGUUUGCACAUGUCAAAAGCUUGGGCCCCAAGCCCAAGCCCUUCCCUCCCCUUCUCCUACCUCUCUCCUUCACUGUUGUCGUGUCUGUCGCUGCUAUUGACAUUUGAGAUUGGCAGCAUUUAAGUGGUUUGUUCUUGCGUGAAAAUCUCAAACAUGUCAGCGGCUACAAAAGGAUUAUGGCUCAACUCCAAACGGGGGAGGAUUUGUAGCAGUUACUCUGGUAAGGGAUUAUUUGGAUUGGACUGGGUGGGUGGUCGUUCUCGUAUCAUGAUAGGAAGUUAAUAUAAAUAAAUGUCGACACUUGAUUCAAAA